UUCAUUUCCUCUUUCGAAGUGAUUUUUGAUUGUCAGACGUGUGGCAGUUUGCCGAACACACUUGAGCAAAAUAUGCCUCUCCUUGGAACCAAACGUUCGUCGGCGAAUGUUCUUUUCUUUUGUCAAAUAGAGCUAUGUACUAAUCGCUUUUUAAGCUGCCUGAAAGCGUUUUGUUGGCGUUUUGUAAUCCUGAAAACGUUCUAAAUCGUUUCAAAGCAAAUUUAUUCAAGAGGCUCGUAAAUUUUUCGCCGAAUACGUCACGCAACGUCGCUCAAAGUUGAAGGCAAAUCACUUUGAGAUCAAACAAGCCAUCGCAUUCAAAUUGAAAGGGUUAUGUGUAAUCAUUGUGUCAUGUAAAUGAUCGUUUCUUUCGCAAACACGGUCUACAUACCACAGGCGUCCUCGUUCGAGCCGAAAAACAUAUCCCUUCGUAUUUGCUACAUGCGUAAACACUAAACAGUGUUGUUGCGUUUGGCAGCCCUUGUACGAAGUUAACGCGAUCGUCUUGGUUUUCGUGUGAUGGAUUUUCAUCGAGUAAUCGGAUGUUACCUUCGUGGUAUAUAUAAAGCUCAACAAUUCGUGCUCGUAUAAUGAGAAAGCAGCGCUUUGUGUUGUGUAUAUUUGGAGUGGUUCUGGUGUGUUUGAACACAUUUACUGUUGUUAAAACAAGCCCAACUAACCGCCGAAUAUCAAAUAGUUUACAACGACGUUUGAAAAGAAAUCUUACAAAUCUAGCGAAGGCUUUCAACUUAUCACAAGGAUUUGCAGGCAGUCCUAGAAGGAGUAAAGUGAAAAAAUAUCGUUUGAAAGACAGAUCAACAGCAUUGUUGAACGGCUUAAUAGACCGAUCGUUAGUUAAAGCCCCAUCGACGAAUACUCGCAAGGUUAUGCUUUUUUCAAGGAAUGGUUAUCUGCUUCAGAUAUCAAACAAUGGAUUCGUAAACGGGACCCAUGACAUGAGUGAUAACGUUUGGUUCGAGCUUCAGUCAGUCCAUGUGGGCAUCGUUCGAAUAAAAAAUAUUAAAACGGGUAGAUAUCUGGCUAUGGAAGAAAACAAUGGUAGACUCCGUGGUCAUACUCGUCUUUCAUUGAAGACGUUAUUCGUUACGCAUGAGGUGAAAACGUAUCAUUGGUACAGAUCGUACACAAAUAGCAAUUGGUAUGUUGGUAUACGUAAGAACGGCACCCAGAAACCGGCCCAUCAAACCGCGGCGGACCAGAAAGCCGUGCUUUUUUUCCUAGUCCCAUUCAGCACAUAAUGGAGUCGUCCCCAGGCUUCGUGCGUGAUGAGGAGUUAGCGUUGUAACUUCGGGUGCACUGUGGUAUACAAGUGUGGAUAAUGGUCAUGAAAUGCCGGACUUAUCCCAACGUGUCUACUUUUGACCCUAAAGCGUCGUUAAUGUUCAUAUAAAAAGUUCUUAGCAGUGUUGAUGAAGAGCAUUCGUGCCAUAGUACUAUACUUAGGGCAAUAAUAUGAGUGAUAUUGGACAUUCCUCUAUAUAAAUAGUCGUGUUUUGAAGUUCAACUUCCAGUUCAAAUCAAGCGUUUGUUUUUACCGCAAGAUUCUGGCCGUUUCUCAUCUCAACGAAGGAAAUCGUGAAGGAUGAUCGAGAAUUAUAGACGGUGAAAUCUGCUUCGCGAUUUUUAUCACAAAUGAAGCAAUUUGCGCAGAUAUUUGAGCAAGGAUAAUUAUGGUUGGCUUUGCUUAUUUAUGGCGUCCAUGAACAUCGUAUUAAAGUUAGUGCGCGUUUCCCUGCGAUAUUUUAAACUCGCGUGCAAGCGUCGACUGGCCAUCUUAUAUAGUCUCUAUGUAAAGUAGUAUAUUUGCUAGUAUUAUGCGUUCUGAUAGUGUGUGCGCGCGUCUAUUCGCGCAACCGCGCCGAAGUUAUUUUCGACGCGCAAACUUUAGUCUUCAAUUUUAUCGAUCUAACCUCGCUUUUACACAGAGUUUUCACAAAAAAUGUCAUGUCAAAAUUUGAACUCAAUUGAGCUCGAUAGGAAAACAGUUCAAUAAUACGUGAUCUCGUCCGAUAGUUCGGACACAAUCCACACCAACGAAUUCUUAGUAAAAUACUCUUUCCAUCUGAAACGUUUUCCCUCAAAAACGCACCAACCAAACAAAUAUUCUCCUGACUAAUAAGCCUGCAAUGAUUUAGGUUUUCACUGGAUAUUUCUGAUAAAAGAAAUGGCAGUAAACGUCUCUCUUAUUCAGAGAGGUUUUCUGUCAUUUAUACAAAGAAAUGCAUGCAAAAAAAAUCCGUGUUGUUUCACAAAAUAUUUUGUACAAAAAAGUAAUUUAUUGUCAUCUCAGGUAUUUGAGGUGUAUAUCUAUAAAUAAUAUAUAUUAGUAUAUUCCCUAUUUAUUUCUAUACAUUGGCGUAGUGUGGAAAUAAAGUAAUGUAAAUAAUAUAAGAGUGUAACUAUAUUUACACGGAGAUAUUUAAUGUUAUAUUA